AAAAAUUUUGUAUAAAAUAACAAAUGUACGAGUAUAUAUAAAUGGACUUUUAUUAAACGAAUUGCUUUCUAGAGUAACAGUCGCAAAGCAGUUGACGAGUCGCGAAAUAGUAUUAUUAUUUUUUUUAAAUUAAUAUGGCACCAGUAACAGAAGUGUAUAAUCCCGAUGAAUUGGAAGCACCACAAUGGUUGAAUGGAGAGUUCUUAACAAAAGUCCUUAAGGAAUGUGAAGGGGACAGUGCAAUUGUCAUCAAAAACUAUAAACUCACACCAGCAACAUUACGAGGUGAUCAUUAUGCCAGUGUCAUGUUCAGAGCACGGGUUGACUAUGAACAAAAUGGUGAAACUAAGUCUAAAUCCUUGAUUAUAAAAACAAUGCCAGAAGAGAAUGGAAAUAAAAAAGACUUUUUGCAAGAAUCUCAAGUAUUUGAAACUGAGAUCGGAAUGUACAGUGAAGUGGUACCAAGAUUUGAGAAAAUUUUGCGUUCAGUGGGUGCAGAGACGGUAUUGGGUGCAAAGUGCUUGUAUUACAGUUUAAGUCCAAAGAAAAUUAUUGUAUUCGAAGAUCUGGUGACAAAAGGCUAUUCUGUUCUACGACAUCGUCUACCUACAAUGGAGGAAGCUAAAUUGUCUUACUUGAAGUUAGCCAGAUGGCAUGCUGUAAGCUAUAAACUACUGCAUGAGGAACCUUCCUACUUCGAGCACUAUCGUUAUGGCCUCAUGUCCAUAACUAACAUGGUGGAGAAUGAUUUUUUUAGCAAAGGCAUCAAUCUCUUUAUAGAAUUAUUGGAUAGAACACCUACUUUGAUAAAAUAUAAGUCUUAUUUUGAAUCAAUUCAAAAGGAUUUGCUAAAAGAUUGUAAAGAAGGUUUCAAUGAAUAUCGCGCUGAUAAACAAAAUAAUACCGACUAUGUGCUAUGCCACGGCGACUUUCACAGUAAAAAUAUGAUGUUCAAGAACAAUGAAAAGAGUGGCAAAUUUGAGGAUUUGCUGUUACUGGACUUUCAAAUGUCAUAUGUUGGUCCUAUUGUUAAUGAUAUAAUUUAUUCUUGCUACUUGUUAUUAACACCUGAGUUGCGUUUGAAUAAAUUUGAUGAGCUUUUAUACUACUAUUACACAAAUUUCAGGGAUACUUUGAAGAAGAUUGGUUAUAAAGGCACAGCACCGAAAUUAGUUGAGCUGAGAUCGCAAAUAGUAAAACAGAAAAAAUUUGAAUUUUUUAUGUUAACCACAUUUUUGCCGAUGUGGUGUAUCUAUGUGGUAGGAAAAGUCGAUCCGGACGCGAUAGUUGUUUCUGAAGAUACUCGAAGAAGUUUAUAUAAAAACGAAGAUUAUAUCAAAGAACUCCAUGAUCUGCUGCCGAAAUAUUUACACAUGGGUUACUUUGAAAAUUAGUUUAAAUUUCGAAACAUAUUGUUUAAAUUGGUAAUAGAUGUAAAAUAAAAUAAAUUC